AUGGAGGCGGCAACGUCCGAUGUGCGGGUGGAGAACGCCAUACUCCACGGCGGGACUUCUGCAAGGCGGCCCCAGGACCGCAAACGGCAGCAGCAGCACCACCACCGCCAGCCUCAACCACACAACAUCCAGCACCAACACGAAGCAUCCAUCGCCAAGCGACACCCUAGCAAAGUUGCUCCCGUGCCGACGGCCUCGUCUGUGAUUCUGAACGAAGCCAUACGAGGGGGUGACGGCGACGAGAGAGCGACAGGAACGCCAUUUGUAGCUGGACCUGUCCUCGGUUCGUUGCCAGAUGGGUAUGACUUUGUCCAGUCCACGCUGCACAAAUGGGCGGCGGUGCUCACCGACAGCCACAGCGACGAUGAUGACGGAACCCAAGUGUCGAGUGACAAUCAAGUCGAGUCGCUGUACGAACGAUUUGUGGACCCCACGGCUUCCGAGCUGUCGACCAAGACGAGAACGGCCAUUGCCAUGGACCUCGUCUCCGAGAUGAUGUUCAAGAUGCUUCCGUUGACACCAGGAAUGGCCAACGCAGUCGUGCACACCUUGCUGCAUGCCAUCUACGACACCCACGACCCGCACGCAGACUGGCGAGAUCACAGGCUCCACGUCGACAGGAUACCCAUUCAGUCGCCUCCAGCUGUCCAUUCUAUGACCCCCCCGUCCGAUCACUCUUCACAACGCACAGCCACAACGGACAAAGUUCUUCCGGUGCUGGCUCCAUCUAGCGAGCCGCUUUCAACCACCCACUGGAAUCCUCCCUCAACAGACGAGCCGUUGGAUCUGACGUCAUUGGCCCAGCAAUGGAACGACCUUGUGGUUUACCGAUGCCAGACCACUGGGACGUUUGUGGACUGCGUAGACUUGUUGCCUGGCGCCAUCCAGCGAGACUUAGCCCAAGUGCUAGCGACCAAGUGGAUGACCCCACGCGACGACGGACCAUCAACGCAACAACCCCAGUCGAGGCGUCGAAUAAAAACCAACGAAGUGAGCGACAGCGACGGGGAAGUUGGGGGCAGCAACAACAGCGACGACGAAGACAAAGGCUUGACGACGAGUGAUGUUUUGGAAACGACGACAACAUGGGAAGGCGAAGAAGAAGGAGAGCUCGAGGCAGCUGCCGCUUGGGAAGAACAAACUGACUGCAUCGAAGAUGAAAAAGGGGAAGAGGACGGGGGGACUGAAGUUGUCGGCAUCCUCUUGGACGUGUACAGACUUAUGCUUAUCAACAACCCCCGGGCGCAGCGGCAGGCCCGGCAACGUCUGCAGUCUGUGUUGCUGCCACUGGUGGGGGACCUAAGCAGUCGCGGGGGGGGCUUCACAGAGCUGACGGGGGACGCCGACGACGAGGAGUUGAGGCAGCUAGUGGCCCAACUCAUAGAGGACGAUCCGAUUUCGCUCGUCGACCUCGGGCUCACGUAGACAAGUAUAGCGACCGACGUAUUUAUUGAAUAGAAUUGUAACUUAUGAAC